AUGCCACACAGUAACCGCAAAAAGCGCAACCCUGUCUCUGCUCAAAAACGCCUCGAAGUCACCGGUGAUGACGGCUGGACUCAUGUUACUAGCGGUAGCAAUGUGCGGCGCGUAGUGCGCACCACUACUACUAAGGCACGGAGUGACCUUGAAACCAACCAGGUUGAUGAAACUGGGUUGGUUCUCAGUCCAGCCGAGGCACCGGCUCGUCUGACCUUCGAAGAGUUAGAGGCGCAAUAUAGAAGCUAUAAGGAGCGAUGGGUUCAGUCGGAGACCUGGAAGAAACUGAGGAUACAAUUGGACCAAAGGAUAUGCGAUCAAGAGACGGAGACCUUGUCGCGGGAUCUGGAUGUUGACGGGAUUGUGUGCAUCGGGCUUGGCAGUCCGAGUGGGUUCCUGCGAGAUGGUUGGGUUGACCGCAGGGCUGUUUCUAUGUUUCAGCUUGCUGCGUUAGAAGCUAUCAAGGAUGUAUUUACGAGUUCGUUCCUCCCCUCCCUCUCGAAAAAGCACUCAAAUUUCCAACUUCGCUUGUUACCUCCGAACUUACGUCUUUCAUGCAAAGGUGCCAACCGCUCUUCAUCUUUUCCAAUUUACGCCCAAGAUCCCGUCUUCAACGCACUGGACCGUGCACUUCUUGAAUCACUUGGUAUAACUGUGGUCGAUAAUCCUAUUGCCUUUGAGCGGGUCACAUCGAAAACACUCCUUUUCUGUCCCGGUGCGGAGCGCAAACAUCUGGAUAUGCUACUUCCGUCAAACCCGAAGCUCGUUCUUGGGGGUCCGCUAGAGAAUACUGAGUCCUCAAUCAUUGAGUCAUAUGUUAAGAAAACGGACUCCAGGAUUUUGCUGCCUUUUUUGGCUCAAGAGCAUGCGUUUUGGAAGAUGCGCCUCUACUUUUUGGCUCAAGUGGAGCCAUAG